CGCGGUCCCACACGACAUUGGUUGCGUGAUUUGUGAAAUAUUUAAUGCGAAUUUUCAUGCAAGUAAAUGUACAAACGACACUAACUAUACAACAAAGUGUCAGCGGAGGUGUGGAUUUGCAAUUGGACUCGUCGUUGAAGGAUCAACGCGACAACUGAUACGUUUCUGAGCAACAUCAACAGGUGCUGGUGGCGGUCAUGGCGGAAGAAGUCAAGGACUGGCGGCCUUUUGUUUAUGGCGGCGUUGCAUCCAUAACUGCUGAAUUUGGCACUUUUCCAAUCGACACAACAAAGACCCGCCUCCAAGUCCAAGGUCAGAAAAUUGAUCAAACAUUCACGCAGCUGCGGUACCGCGGCAUGACAGAUGCAUUUGUGAAGAUCUCCAAAGAAGAAGGACUGCGCGCCCUGUAUUCCGGCAUUUGGCCGGCAGUUCUGCGUCAGGCCACCUACGGCACCAUCAAGUUCGGCACCUACUACACCCUCAAGAAGCUGGCCAACGAGCGUGGCCUGCUCACAAACGAGGACGGCAGCGAGCGGGUCUGGAGCAACAUAAUGUGCGCUGCAGCGGCGGGCGCCAUCUCGUCGGCCAUUGCCAAUCCCACCGAUGUGCUGAAAGUGCGUAUGCAGGUGCAUGGCAGGGGCCAUCAUCAGGGUCUGAUUGGCUGCUUCAACGAAAUAUACAAAUACGAGGGCGUGCGCGGGCUGUGGCGUGGUGUUGGGCCGACGGCUCAGCGGGCAGUGGUCAUCGCAUCAGUCGAGCUGCCGGUCUAUGAUUUUUGCAAGCUGCAGCUAAUGAACGCCUUUGGCGAUCAUGUGGCGAAUCAUUUUAUCUCGAGCUUCAUUGCCAGCUUGGGAAGUGCCAUCGCCUCGACACCCAUCGAUGUCAUUCGGACUCGCUUGAUGAACCAGCGGCAUGUCAGCAUGACAAUGAACGGACUGGCGACGGCGGCAGCCACACCAAAGUUGUACAGCGGCAGCCUCGACUGUGCAGUGCAGACAAUUCGAAACGAGGGACCGCUGGCGCUCUACAAGGGCUUCAUACCCACGUGGGUUAGGAUGGGUCCCUGGAACAUCAUAUUCUUUAUAACGUACGAACAACUCAAGAAAUACUGAGGCGGCAGGUGGCAUGUCGAGCGGAAUCCAAGUACAAGAUGUAUUCUAGCAUUCAAACCAAAAAGAUCUUUUGCCGCGUAGCAGAGUUACAUACGUAGGUUAAGAAAACUGUCUGGACCUGGACCUACCUUUAAGCACAUAGUUCAAUUGAAGUGGUCACUAAAGUGCCUGUCUGUCUCAUGCUGUUGGCUAUACAAUAGCCAGCGCUGGUCCUUCGAGAAAAGUGACAUCCGGAAAGAGUUUCAGCCCAUUCAAGUAUUUGCAUUUGUAACGAAUUUCCUCCCAUACAACAUUUUUCCUUUUCCGGUGAAACCAGUUUCCCUUCGGCGACCACACUAUUUAACUAAACUAAGUCUAAUAUUACUAAUUAUAUAGCUAGCCAAUAUAUGAAUAAUAUGAACUUGUAUUAGACGCGCAUUUGUUCUGUUCAAACAUGUGUAGACUUUAUCCAUCGUAUUACAUACAAACACACACACACAAAUACACACAGGUUCGUUGUAAAUAUAUGCAUUUAGCAAUA